UUCUGCAGGCCAGCACACAGUCAAGUUGACAACAGGAGCAGAGCAUAUCAGAUUUCUUCUUCAGGACUAAGAGUCAAGCGCCCCUCGCUGAAUUACUGGGGACCAGAGCAGCGUGACUGUCCUCCCGUGUCUGGCCAAGAAAGAUGCAUCAUGACAGAGCUGGUGCCAUAAGUUGAUGAAUCUAUAAGCCAGCUUUCUCCUGCCGAGUCUUUUUCCCAAACAUGGGGUUAUGUGAGAAUAUGAGGGUCUGGAGGCGGCAGGGCGGCGCCGCAGCGUUCAGGGAUGUCGUGGGAGUGAUGCUGCUGCUGCUGAUGGGGCUCGGCUCGGCCCAAUCCGUCCCUCCGCAGGCGGCGUGUCAGGGAGCCGCGGCCCCGCAGAACCUCAGCCAGCCUGAGUAUGAGGAGACGGCGAAGGAGGACACCGGAGUGGGCUUUAUGGCCCCUCUGGUCCAGUCUUUCCUCCACACAAUCCAGCCUAACCCCUUUCCUGCAGAUUUAAUCCUGAAAUUCAUCCGGAGCUUUAAUGAAGCGGUGUCAGAUCAAGAAAUAAUCAAAGAAACCCUGGUGUAUGAAGUGGGUUUUCUGGUGUGUAUAGCCAUCGGCGCCUUGUACAUCGUUCUGAUGCCCAUAGUUGGGUUCUUCCUGGCCUGCUGUCGCUGCUGUGGCAACUGUGGUGGGAAGAUGUACCAGAAGCAGACAUCCGCCAUUCACUGUCGCAGAAGAACUCUUUACUGGAGUGCAUUCGUCACCACCAUCAUUAUCCUUGCUGGGAACAUCUGCAUGUUCAGAAGUAACGAGGCCCUCAAAGUGAGCGUGGACCAAAGCCCAGUGGAGCUCAGCAACGCGAUAUCCAACAUCAACACCUUCCUCACAAUUGUGCCUCAGCAAGUUGACAGUGUGGUGAAUGAGAGCUACAGGACUGUAGACGAGGUCACAGAAAACCUCCAAGCCAUAGGACCUCUGUUGGGAAAAGAGAUCCAAGGGCGAUUCAGAGGAACCCUGGACCCAGCGCUGCAGUCGGUUAAACUUCUGGACCAUGAGACUGUAAACACCAGCGUUCAACUCAACAACCUGAACUCAUCCCUGGACCAGCUGCAGUCCAGCAUGGACCUCAUCCAGGCUAAUGUCACAGCUGUGAGAAAUCACAUCGAUCAGACUUUAUCCAAGCCAGAGUGUAUUCAGUGUGACAAACUGAGGCCGGAGUUGCAGAAACUGACAGUGGACACCACCGUUUCUAUUCCCAGUUUGAAUGAGUUUCAGUCUGCAGUGGAUGAAGUCAUCAAAGCUGAUCUCCAAUCCCAAAUCGAUGAGGUGGAGGACUAUUUCCAAAGCAUCCCCCAAAGGGUAACCAAUGAAACCAAGGAUGUCGUUCAAAGAAGCAAGCAGCUGCUGGAUGACAUAAAAACACAGAUCUCCCAGGUUACCAGCGACAUCCCUUUGUCUGGUCUGACAGAUGUGAAGGAGAAUCUAAACCAGCUGCAGUCGGAUAUCAACGGAGCCAUGCCACAUGUUGAAAAAGCCGAGGACAUCAGGUGGGCCGUAGGUGUGGCUCUGUGCUGUUUGAUUCUCCUGGUGGUCGUAUGCAACCUUCUGGGUCUCAUCCUGGGCCCUAUGGGUCUGUCGCCCAAAGCAGACCCCACGAAGCGCUCCUGUACGGCGGACUGUGGAGGCACCUUCCUCAUGAUGGGUGCAGGUAUCAGCUUCCUCUUCUCCUGGCUGUUAAUGAUCGUGGUGCUGGUGCUGUUCUUUGUGGGUGGAAACAGUUACACUCUUAUCUGUCAGUCCUGGAGCGACGGACAACUGCUAAAGUUUCUUGACACUCCAGGCUUAUAUCCAGGGUUGGAAUUAGGUCCAACGUUGGGACUGAAAACUGACAUCAACAUCUCUGACGUCUACAAAGACUGUGAAGAAAACCAGCCUCUGUGGACAACACUCCACUUGUAUGAGGUUGUAAACCUUGAAGAACUGCUCAACGUAUCUAAAUACACGGAGCAGAUCCACCAACAGUUUGAAAAUACCAAUAUCACUUUGUCGUCAAUCACUCUUCUGAGUGCUGAGGUUAAAAACAAACUCAGCAGCUUCUCUACAAAGGCCGAAGAUUUCGACACCACCGCUGUCACACAGCAGAUGAACAACAUUUCCAGCAUCAAUCUGAACUCAACAGCAGACAAGCUCGAUAUGCUUGCUGCUGAUCAAACAAACGCUGAAAUUCAAACAGGUCUCCAGAAUGAUGCCAGAGUUCUGAGGCAGAUCCAAGCUGACAUAGAAACAACCAUCAUCCCACAACUGGAAAACCUGAAUUCAACCAUCAAGAUUCUUCAAUCCACUGCAGAAAAAAUCAAUGGAACAGUGGGGGAGGUGUUGAGCAAAGUGGGAGCAGCACAAGACUUCCUCAACACAAAUACGACACAGAUCGUCAAGACCGAGAGCAGACAGUUUUUAGACUGUCAGCUGGAGUACUUCAUUACUUAUGCUGACUGGGCCAACCUCACGAUCACACAGGAGGUGGGCCGUUGUGAGCCGGUGGCGAGAGCUGUGGACUCUGCUGAGACCAUUCUCUGCGCAUACAUGGUGGAGUCCCUGAAUGCAUUCUGGUUCAGUCUGGGUUGGUGCAUGAUAUUCUUCAUCCCCAGCAUCAUCUUUUCCAUCAAACUAGCCAAAUACUACAGGAGAAUGAAGGACUCUGAUGUCUUUGAAAACCACAUAAUCAUGAACCACAUCCCACGGGCCCAGAUGAAAUUCACCUGAGAGGAUGGCACAUGUGCGGUACAACUUUAAUAGAUUGCAGGCGCAAAUGUUGCUGCGCUCGACAAAAUAAAAACACAUGGCGCACUCCUACACAGAUGUGGCACGAUGCCACUCUAGCAAAAAACCUCUGACUGAAGAAAAAGAAAAAAAACAAAAAAACAAAAGUUGGGAUACAUACUUGAGCCUUUUUUAAAUUCAAAUUUUCACCAUUAGGUGGAGAAACAAAGCCAUUUAAUAAAGCGACUGCGGUGGUCACACAAUAUAUUUCAUACGCCACAUACAGCAUCUUUAAAUUGACCUCAGGGGAACACAGGGCUUAAGGGAACCUGCAGGGAUUUUUUUUCCACUAUUUGAGAUGAACAUUUUAAAGAGUUUUAUGUCCUAAAUGUUUUAUGUGCAUUUCAUGUGUGAACUGAGCUGCUGCAGAAUUGUCCUUAUUUCAAACUGUAAAUGUGACGUCUUUUAGAGAGUCCAUCACGUUUACACAUUUGUAUACAUUUGUAUAAAUGUUGGUGUGCAGCUCUCUCAGAGAAUGUGACUCUGUCUAUGCAUCACUGUGGUUCAACAACAUAUUUUCAAUAUCAAACACUUUCUUAAAUAAAUUUCUAAUUACACUUGCACUAACAGUGAAGACAAAAGCACAAUUUCCUGUAUGAAUGAUUAAACAAAUACACUUAUUUGUCCAACAAAGAUGUAACUUUUGUCACCGUAACACUGCUGUUUGCUGACUAUACGAUGCCACUAUUCGUUUUUAAAAAUGUUUUUUUCAUUAUGUUUGCAGAUUUCAUUGAUUUUUACUGCUGUGAUUCAUAAUUUGAUAAAGAUGAAUUUGUACUUUAUUUGUACUCAGCAGUUGACUGAGUUUUAUCCUUUGUUAUACAGCACUUUAUUUGGUCUGUUUGCUCAAUGUGAUUGAAAAGUUGUAAACAUUUCUACCAGCUGUUGUGAAAAUUACUGUGAGUAAAACAUUGCCACUGAUCAA